AUGCGAUGCGCGAGCAAGGCCGCCGAGAGCGCGUCUGCACGCCUCUGUGCGGACGCCGAAGCAGAAACUACAGCAACUGAUGUCCCAUCGGUUGCUGAAUCGACUCAGCCUGUAUCACCUGGUGAUGCAGGCGCUGGUCAUGAAGACACUCGUGUCUUCACAGAGUACGAGCUCGGUGUCUCGUACUCUCCUGAUACGGAUGACGGAUCCGUAUCGACGGCAAUUGAAUCCAAGCCGCCUGCCAAGCGUGGCAUGGACGAUGCUUUGCGUCGCAGCAUCUUUGGUUCAUCUGAUGAGUCAGAUGAACCAUCGCCGAAGCGAAGGCGCUCGAGGUCGCGAGACUCGGGCGCUAAUAGUGGUGUCGUUUCUCCAAUGGACACCACUUCACAGCGAGGUGCCAGUACUUCUGUCGGCACGUCGCAGGAAGAGCGGGACCGCAAUGUGUUGCGUCUCGCUCCAGAAAAGAAGGCAUGGAUGCCUCCUAAAUCUGUCAUGGAUCACUUGUCGGCGACGACGAGUGAUCGUUAUCGAACACGAUUGUUCGAUUCGUCAAGGAUUCAUCACCUUGACCCCAGCGCGAAAGACUAUCGCGCUGAACAUGAGUUCUUCAUCGAUGCUUUCUUCAGACAUCGAUGGUACAGUGGGAAUCACAAACGUGAUGGUCCCUCACUACUUCAGGCGUGGAACGCCUACAUCCAUAAUCUCGAGGAUGUAGGUCGUGACGCUUGGAACGACAAACUUAUCAAAGCUCGUGAUAAGUUUGAAAAGCGAACCCCGACAGGUGCACGCUACAAGCUGCAUCGUCUGUCAAGGGAGAAAGGAUUACCCUGCCUCUCUUGGGGAGACUCGUGCCCAUGUUGUGUGAACAACUCUGCACGAGCACCUAAGGAGGCUUACCUCCUUACCAGCCCGUGGUGGCGCGUACGUGUCUCUACUGAGAUGUACGAAGGGAUUGACAACCUGAAAUCCCUUUACGACCGUGCCGGGAAGACUUUCUCCGGCGGUCCUUCUGCGGCACAGGAUGUGUCGCGUCGUACUGCUCGACCAGACCCAGUACGUCAACCAUCAAUUGGGAGCGGGGCUCCCAAGAAUCCCAGGACGGGGGAUAGCCGCGCCACCGGACGAGGUAACUCGUCCGACGUCCGUUCACGUCGCGGUGGUUCAACAGCUGCUCUACUAGAUAGCGCUGGCCACCGCGAGAGUCCUCUAAUGGAGGUGUAG